AAAUAAUACACAAUCACUACUGCAAAACAAGCAACAACUGAAAAUGAGCUCCAACAAUCAUCACAAUAAUAAGCAAUUGGCCAGACAACACAGAACCAAUAAUUGGGUUGAUACUUUCUUUGAUGAUCCAUUCUUGAGAGCAUUUGAUAGAUUUGAUGAUAGAUUAGUUCCUGAAUUUAAACCAACCACUGAUGUUUCUGAAACUGCAAAUGAAGUUAAAAUUGUUUGUAAUGUUCCUGGUAUGACAAAGGAUGAUUUAAAGAUUGAUAUUGAUGAAGAGCAUAGAACCAUGACUGUCAGUGGUCAUGUUGAAAAGGAAAAGAAGGAAGAUAAUGAAAGAUAUCACUGUGUUGAAAGAUCACAUGGUUCUUUCAGUAGAACUGUCUAUUUACCACCAAAUGCUGAUUUUGAUAAGGUCAAGGCAGCUUUGGAACAUGGUGUUUUGAGAGUUACUAUUCCAAAAGUAGUUGAAGAACCAAAGAAAAAGACCAGAUCAAUUGAUAUUCAAUAAUUGUUACUAUUUUGUAAAUAAAUUUUUUGUAAAAAUACGACCAAUAAAUUCUUUAAAUUAAUCUC